AUGGAUGAAGUCAAAGUUCCAAGAAGUUUUAGACUACUGGAUGAAUUAGAGAGAGGUCAGAAAGGACAGGCUACAGACGGAGUAUCAUGGGGUCUGGACCAACAUGAUGAUAUCACCUUAAGUACGUGGGCAUGCACUAUUUUUGGCCCUCCAAAUACUACUUUUGAAAAUAGAAUAUAUUCACUAACAGUAUCAUGUGGUCCAAAUUAUCCAGAUGAAGCUCCUAUUGUCAAAUUCAAUACAAAGAUUUCUCUGGGGUGUGUGGAUGGACAUGGAUUUGUAAGUCCAAAUUUUGCUGUACUGAAGCAAUGGCAGAGGAAUUUUUAUAUUGAAAAUGUGCUAAUAGCAUUAAGGCAUGAAAUGGCUUCCAAUUUUAAUAGAAGAUUAGUUCAACCACCAGAAGGUGCUUUUUAUGAUGAUUAG